AUGCCCCAGGCCCAAGAAGUUGUGUUGAGCAUCUCUCAGGUUGACAAAGACUCCCACACCCUCCUUUUGCAAGUUCACAAGGAAGGCUAUGAAGACAAAGAUGAGCAUGAAGAAGACAAUGCAGAAGAAGACAAUGACUUGGAGGUGUAUCCUGGUGUGCAUCUCUUCACAAGGACCAGAGUGAAUGGCAAGGAUGGAGGGCAGAGCAGCUGCCAUGGGUCCCCCCAGAACUAUCCUGCUGUCCAUCCUCCCCUCCCUACAUCUGACAUGGAUACUACUGGCCGCAAGCUGAAGAAGAAGAAAAAGCCUAGCAAGAUGAUGAGCAGCGAGCAGGAUGAGUACUCUUGUCUGCAGCAAAUGCGCAUCAUGGAGGAAGGCACAAAAAACACUGAGUUGUUCCUCAAUGUCUGCAGCACUUUUGGCAACUUCUGCAAUGGAUGCAGUGACUCUGUUAUCGGAAUUUGUAUUGUCAUUGCCUCUAAGAGUCAUCUGGGUGAGAGCAUGAUGAUCCCCUUGGGUGCCCCUCCUGUUGUGAACAUCACUGGUGGUGUUUCUCUUCUCCACUAA